GGCGAAAUGCACUGGAGUACUGAUGUGUCCCAUGCACCCGAAUUUACAUAUAGUAAUGUCCACCUCUUACCAAAAACAAGUCAUUUAUGGAUAUUAUCCGGAGGUUCAUGUGGAUCUAGUCUAAUUCGUUUUUCGAUCCAUAAAGAUCAAGAUCAAAUGAAUAUACCCUUUCUUUCCGCCGAAAGAAAAUCUAUUUCUAGCCUCUCAGUGAAUAAUGAUCAAGUGAGCCAAAAAUUUUUUAGUUCCGAUUUUGCCGAUCCAAAAAAAUUAGGGAUUUACGAUUAUUCAGAAUUGAAUGGAAACUUAGGUACUAGUCAUUAUAAUUUAAUAUAUUCUGCUAUUUUUCAUGAGAACUCGGAUUUAUUAGCAAAAAGACGAAGAAAUAGAUUUCUCAUUCCAUUCCAAUCGAUUCAAGAGCAAGAGAAAGAAUUCAUACCGCAGUCAGGUAUCUCGGUUGAAAUACCCAUAAAUGGUAUUUUCCGUAGAAAUAGUAUUUUUGCUUUUUUUGAUGAUCCUAGAUACCGAAGAAAGAGUUCCGGAAUUCUUAAAUAUGGGACUCUAAAGGCGGAUUCAAUCAUCCAAAAAGAGGAUAUGAUUGAGUAUCGAGGAGUCCAAAAAAUUAAGACAAAAUACGAAAUGAAAGUAGAUCGCUUUUUUUUCAUUCCUGAGGAAGUGCAUAUUUUACCCGAAUCCUCUGCCAUAAUGGUACAGAACUAUAGUAUCAUUGGAGUGGAUACACGACUCACUUUAAAUAUAAGAAGCCAAGUCGGCGGGUUGAUCCGAGUAGAGAAAAAAAAAAAAAGGAUUGAACUCAAAAUAUUUUCAGGGGAUAUCCAUUUUCCGGACAAGACAGAUAAAAUAUCCCGACACAGUGGCAUCUUGAUACCGCCAGGAAGAGGAAAAAAAAACUCGAAGGAAUCCAAAAAAUUUAAAAAUUGGAUUUAUGUCCAACGGAUUACACCAACCAAGAAAAAGUUUUUUGUUUUGGUGCGGCCCGUAGCCACCUAUGAGAUAGCGGACAGUAUAAAUUUGGCAACACUCUUCCCACAAGAUCUCUUUCGGGAAAAGGAUAAUAUUCAACUUCGAGUUUUCAACUAUAUCCUUUAUGGAAAUGGCAAACCAACUCGAGGAAUUUCUGACACAAGUAUUCAAUUAGUUCGGACUUGUUUAGUCUUAAAUUGGGAUGAAGACAAAAAAUUGGAUUCUAUCGAAAAAGGGCAUGCUUCUUUUGUUGAACUAAGUAUAAAAGGUUUGGUUAGAUAUUUCUUAAAAAUGGACUUAGUAAAAUCCCAUAUUUCAUAUAUAAGAAAAAGGAAAGAUCCGCUCGGUUCAAGAUUUAUCUUGGAUAAUGAGUUGGACUGGACCAACAUCAAUCCAUUUUUUUCUAUGGAUCCGAGGGAAAAAGUUCAACAAUCACUUAGUCAAAAUCAUGGAACUAUUCAUAUGUUGUUGAAUAGAAAUGAGAAAUGCCGAUCUUUGAUAAUUUUGUCAUCAUCGAAUUGUUUUCAAAUACGAUCAUUCCACGAUGGAAAAUAUUACAAUGGGAUAAAAGAAGAAAUGAAUCCAAUUCAAAAUUCGUUAGGUUUAGGAAUAGCCCUUCAAGUUGCCAAUUUUUAUUUUUACCUUUUAAUUACUCAAAAUCAGAUCUCGAUAAAUAAAAAUUGGCAACUUGACAAAUUAAAAAAAACUUUUCAAGUAUUAAAAUAUUAUUUAAUAGACGAAAACGAGAUAAUUUAUAAAUCUGAUCUAUCUAGUAACAUCCUUUUAAAUCCAUUCUAUUUGAAUUGGCAUUUUUUCCAUCAGAAUUCUUGUGAAAAAAAAACGUUUCCCAUAAUAAGUCUUGGUCAAUUUAUUUGCGAAAAUGUAUGUAUAGUUCAAACGAAAAAUGAACCACACCUUAAAUCGGGUCAAAUUCUAACUGUUCAAAUGGAUUCUGUAGGAAUAAGAUCGGCUAACCCUUAUUUGGCGACUCCUGGAACAACUGUUCAUGGUCAUUAUGGAGAAAUACUUUCUGAAGGAGAUAUAUUAGUUACAUUUAUAUAUCAAAAAUCGAGAUCAGGUGAUAUAACACAAGGUCUUCCAAAAGUAGAACAGGUAUUAGAAGUUCGUUCGAUUGAUUCAAUAUCCAUAAACCUAGAAAAGAGAGUGGAUACUUGGAAUGGGCGUAUAACAAGAAUUCUUGGCAUUCCUUGGGGAUUCUUCAUUAGUGCUGAGCUAACUAUAGCGCAAAGUCGUAUUUCUUUGGUUAAUCAAAUUCAAAAAGUUUAUCGAUCCCAGGGAGUUCACAUUCAUAAUAGACAUAUAGAAAUUAUUGUGCGUCAAAUAACAUCAAAAGUAUUGGUUUCCGAAGAGGGAAUGUCUAAUGUUUUUUUACCUGGAGAACUUAUUGGAUUAUUACGAGCAGAACGAACGGGGCGUGCUUUAGAAGAAGCAAUCUGUUAUCGAGCCGUUUUAUUAGGAAUAACUCGAGCAUCUUUGAAUACUCAAAGUUUUAUAUCCGAAGCAAGUUUUCAAGAAACUGCUCGAGUUUUAGCAAAAGCUGCUCUUCGGGGUCGUAUCGAUUGGUUGAAAGGCCUGAAAGAAAAUGUUGUUCUAGGGGGGGUGAUCCCCGCCGGGACCGGAUUCAACAAAGGAUUGGUGCAUUGUUCACGGCAACAUACCAACAUUAUUUUGGAAAAAAAAACAAAGAAUUUAGCUUUAUUCGAGGGAGAUAUGAGAGAUAUUUUAUUCUACCACAGGGAAUUUUGUGACUCUUCUAUUUCCAAAUCUGACUUUUCUAGGAUUUAA